GCCCUACCGCUACCACUUCAAUCAUCUGUCAAGUCUUGUCAGAUUGCAAAUUGUAUAUGAAAAUGCAAAUUUGGACUUGAAGGUUGAACGUAUUUUUGUUUUAUUAUUUAAAUCUUACUAUCUUUAUCUGUCGAAUUAAUGAACUUCGCAAAACAAUAAGUUCAAAGAAAGAUAUAAAAAUUAGAACGCAAUUGGCGAACAAAGAUGCCCAUUCUGUAUAGUGUAAUAUCGAGGGGCACGACAGUGCUUGCGAAAUAUGCAUCUUGCGCCGGAAACUUUCCAGAGGUAACGGAACAAGUUAUUUCCAAAAUACCUCUGCAAGACAAUAAAUUAACCUACACGCACGGCAACUACGAGCGGUCAAGAGCCUUCCUAUUUCUUAACGAGAUCAAGAGACGAUUUAAAACAAAUUAUGGGGCAAAUGUCGACACUGCAAUGGGAUACGCGAUGAAUUCGGAAUUCGCCUCGAUUUUGGCGAACGAAAUGAAACAUUAUUCGGAAUCUAGCGAUGUCGAUACAAUCUCCAAGGUUCAUGGCGAAUUAGACGAACUUAAAAACAUCAUGGUCAAGAAUAUCGAUAACAUUGCAAUGAGAGGUGAAAGAUUGGAACUGCUUAUUAAUAAAGCCGAAAAUUUGAGCAACAAUUCACUUGCUUAUCGUAAGACGAGUAGAAAUUUGGCCCGAUCGCUGUUUUGGAAGAAUGUAAAGUUGUAUGUGAUUCUAGCUGUUAUUGUCGCUGUGAUUAUUUAUAUAAUAGUUUGCUUAUCCUGCGGGGGACUGCUUUGGCAAGGCUGCAUUUCGAAGAAUUAGAUUCCUUUUGUUUGCUAAACCUUAUCAUUUUAUAUUAGAUAUAUUUUUAACAGGAUGUAAACGCAUUAGGUUAUUGUAUUUAUUUAAGAGCGAGAUAAGGAAUGAGUAAUUGUUGGUAUCUAUUCAUGUCGUUACUUGUUUAGAGAUAUCAUUUUUAAAGUUUAUGGUAGACUAUGUACAUAAUAAUUGUUUUAAUAUAUUAUCUACAUCGCAAUAUUAAUUGCUUGUAUAUACAGGGAAGUGUAGAAUAAAUUCUCAUCAGGCAUGUAAUGGUAGCAUAAUUGUAUUGCAAAAAACAAACGAUGGGACCGAACAAAUUUUUUUUCUGCAUGCUUAGCAUACUAGUUGACUUGCUCAUUUGUCCUGUCUUCUAUAGAGAUAUAUUGUAAUUAAUUAACUAUUAAAAUUAUAAUUUAAAUGUAAA